AUGGCAGAGCUUCAAAUUCCUAUCAUAAUUAACCACCUCUCCUGUCGGAUCUGCAGGAACCUUCUCAGGAAUCCUGCAACCAUCCCUUGUGGACACAACUUCUGCAUGGACUGUAUCGAGGGCCACUGGGGCGCGGAGCAGAGGGACCUCAGCUGCCCGGAAUGUGAACAGAGGAUCCUCUACAGACCCAAUGUGAUCAGGAACACAACUCUGAGUCAGGUGCUGAGACACACAGAGAGGAGUUGGAGCAGGAAAAGAAAACCGCAAGAAUCAGCUGAGUCCCUAAGAGACCAGAGAACAGCAGACACACCAGGGAAAGGUUGGUAUGGGCUUCACAACUCUACAUUAAAUACUUACUGCUUCACAGAUGAGAACGAUGUAUAUUCUCUGUGUGUCUCAGACAAGCACAAUGGACACAUCAAUGGUUUGGUGAAGGAAAAGCGGAGAAGGAAACAGGAGGAGCUGAGAACCAUGCAAACAAGGCUGAGGGAGAGACUUCAGGAGCAGCAGAAGCAGCAGGAGAAUAUGAAGAAGAAGUUUAAGCAAAUUGAGAAGGAGGCCAACAAAAUUAUGGAGGACUGUGAAACGAUCAUAGUUAGAGCCAUUGAUCAUCUUCAGAGACAUUGCAUGUCUAUGAGGGAGAUGAUUGAAACUCAAGCAAAGACAGUGGAAGAUCAGAUCGACAUCACGCUUCAAAACCUUGAGACAAAGAUGGAGGAAAUUAAAAAGAUGGAUGCUGAGCUUGAUCGCCUUGCAGAGAGUGAAAACAGCGUGCUUUUUCUGCAGAAAUGGAGCAAUAUGCAAAGCAUAUGUGAGAAAGACCUUCUCUCCUUCAGUGAGGGAUCAAAGGAUCCACUUUUCUCUUUUAAAGUUACAAAGAGAGCAAUAGAUCAGCUUGGAGAGAAGCUGGGAGACUUCUGUGACCAACAACUUCCCUUAAUCUUUCAAACUUGCAAUAAUGACCAAGAGGAAUCAGUGGAAAAGAGGGAUGCAGAGGAUCAGCAGCAGAAACAUCAAUCUAGUGCUGGUCUGUACUCAGGCAACAUGGGUAAGAAGGACAUGGAGCCUAAAACCAGAGAAGAUUUUCUACAGUAUGCCUGUGAGCUCUCUCUGGACCCUGCAACAGCUCAUAAGGACCUGAUCAUCUCUGAUAAUGACAAAGAGGUGAAGCUGUCCCCCCGUGGGUGCCAAAUCCCAUCUGCAUGUUUUCCAGAGAGGUUCAACAGUCGACGCCAGGUGCUGUGCAGGGAGGGUCUGCAGGCUGAGCGCUGCUACUAUGAAGUGGAGGUCAAGGGAGGCAAGGCAGAGAUCGCUCUUGCUUACAAAGGGUUGGAUAGGAAAAGUAGUACAGAAAAGUCAGCUUUUGGAGCCAACGAAAAGUCCUGGAGUCUAGAUCUCUCUAAUUCCUACUCUGUGAGCCACAAAUCAGAGAGCAUCCUCCUCAAACAAAGUCCCAGCAGUAAAAAAAUAGGUGUUUAUCUAGAAUUCAAGGAGGGAAGUCUGUCCUUCUUUGAGGUGUCGGACAGCAUGACAUUUCUGUACAAACUGAAGGCCAAUUUCACAGAGCCGCUGUAUCCAGGAUUCUGGCUGGAUGACAAAUCCUGCAUCAGGAUCUGUGAUUUAAAAUGACACAGCUGAUUUUUACAGAGAUUCUUAUAACUCAGGCUAAAGUGUAACCUGACCUGUAACUUCAUGAUGACUUCUCUGUCACUGCUCCUUAUUUGCGAAGUAGCCUUCCACUGCACAUU